AUGCCUCGUCAUGUAGCAAAUAAAACCGGCCAGUCAACCCUGUCCUUUGGGGGUCGAGUCACCAAACCAGUCACCACACCAUCCCACAAAGCCAAGGCCCUUGACUUAACCCCAGUGCUCCCCGACAAGUCUGUCUCCGUCCCCCCAGAGCCCCAGCAGUUGUCCGUUACACCAAAUGAGCCCUCCAAGCCCCAUGUUGCAGAGCUAGCGGUGCGACGGCAAGCUUCAAUCGAACACCAAGCGCCCCGAUCCGAAGAGGACAAACGGGCCCUGAAGGUGAACAAGCAGGAUAUCUGGCGAUACUGGCAGGUCCAAGAGCAGAUUCGCAAAGCACCUAGGGCCCACCAGCAAGGCAUGGAUAUAGAGGAAAAGAUUCUUCGGCAUUUUGAUCUUUCCAGCCAGUACGGGCUCAACCCGCCCAUUGAAGUUCUUGCGGUUCUUCUCAAGGGGCAGAAUACAAACGAGCGAGCACAUAUUGAUGAAUUGUUAUCCUGA